AGCUCCGGCCUUUAAAAGCAGCAUGUGUCAUCUCGACUUGGUUCUCCUGAUAUCACUCCGGUAGGAAAUACACGCGCCGGGAGAAAGGGACGUUCCGGAGAGCGAGAGGCGCAACAUCCUCCCCAAAGCAACUUCGAGGCGAGACGCGCGGCUCCUGCACGGGCCUGCUCACUGCCACCGAGUGGAGACAUUAUUUUGCAGAAGUUGAAGUUGCUCUUUGGCUUGACUGUCUGGCGGCCGGUUCCACCGCAUUUAGACUUUGGGAGACAUCCGAUCACUUGACAGAAGACCAACAGGAGCCCGCUCCGUGCGCGCACUGACCGCGCUCGGUCCCAUCACACCCGGCCGCUCCAUUCCUUUGGCUCCGGAAGACUUUCUUUUUAUUUUUUUGAAGCAGAGUAAGUGAGCCGUGAGAUGACCCUGUCUGGAGGCAGCGACAGAGCCAGCGACAUGUCCGGCCAGACCGUGCUCACGGCGGAGGACGUGGAUAUCGACGUGGUUGGAGAGGGAGACGACGAGGGCAUGGAGAGGGGGGACAGCGACUGCGACAGCCCGGGGGGAGGCAUCCUGCACGGCCUCCGAGGUGAGCCGGGGGACGACGAGGUGGAGGAUGAGAUCGAGGUGGAGAAGGAGGAGAUGGGCUCCGGUGGAGGGAGUCCGAGCUGCGAGAGCUCCGGGGAGGGAGAGGCUGGCUCAGGCAAGGGAGAGGGUCAGGACGGGAGCUCCGCGUCCGGAGGCUCGCUCCAGAAGCCCAAAAGCAGCCUGGUGAAGCCGCCUUAUUCCUACAUCGCCCUCAUCACCAUGUCCAUCCUCCAGAGCCCGCAGAAGAAACUCACCCUCAGCGGGAUCUGCGAGUUCAUCAGCAGCCGCUUCCCGUACUACCGGGAGAAGUUCCCGGCGUGGCAGAACUCCAUCCGCCACAACUUGUCCCUGAACGACUGCUUUGUGAAAAUCCCACGGGAGCCCGGCAACCCCGGAAAGGGCAACUACUGGACCCUGGACCCCGCGUCCGAGGACAUGUUCGACAACGGCAGCUUCCUCAGGAGGAGGAAAAGGUUCAAGAGGGUUCAGCCGGACAUGCUCCGGGACCAGACCGCGCUCAUGAUGCAAAGUUUCGGCGCGUACGGCCUCGGGGGCCCCUACGGGAGGCACUACGGGAUCCACCCGGCGUAUACCCAUCCGGCGGCUCUGCAGUACCAGUACAUGCCCCCGGUGGGACCCAUGCUGCCGCCGGGCGUCCCCCUCCUGCCCUCGGUGGAGCUCAACCGAAAGGUGUUCAACUCCCAGCUCAGCCCGAGCCUCCAGAUGCAGCUCAACAGCCUGAGCACGGCGUCCAUGAUCAAAUCGGAGCCGUCCAACAGGCCGUCGUUCAGCAUAGAGAACAUCAUCGGGGUGUCCAGCGCGUCCUCGUCCUCGCCCCAGGCCUUCCUGCGGCCUCCGGUGACCGUGCAGUCGGCCCUGCUGAGCGCGCAGUCCCUGUCCCUGACCCGGAGCUCCGCGGCCAUCGCCCCACUCCUCAGCGUUCCGUCCAGUCUCCUCUCGGGACACGGUUUAUCCUCCGCGACGACGCUGUCCAAGUGGCCGUCACAAUGACUUUAUCACAGGAAGAUAUAGACUCUUAUUUUUUAUAUAGAGACCUUACGGGGGAGAGCACAUAUCUAUAGGCAGCACUGGACUCUGUAGCCAAGUAAAGACUGUUGUUGAGACAGAGCAAAUAAAAAGAGAAGAAGAGAUAUUUCUGUACAGGUAAUAUUUGUAAAUAUUUGUAGAAAAGAAAAAAAGAUUUUACCUGUUUGAUUUUUAAAUGUUGUUUUUUUGUUUUUGUCCUCGUUUAAAAUCUGUAAUAAUUAUUUUUCUUUAAUUUCCAUUUUUUGUAUCGGGAAGCUCCAGUGGACCCAGUUCCCUUUUUUCAUACAAGACACAAAACAAAGCUCUGAGGAAAAAGAUUGUUUAUAAUGAUAAUUGAAAAAGAUAUCAAGCAUAUAUAAUUCUAUGUAGCUAUAUUGUGUUGUCAACUGAAUUUAUUUGUAAAUAAA